CGCUACGCUACGACUACCGCAACUGCAACAAUCGAACCACCACUGUCGAGGACCGAUACUCUCCAACCGACAAACUAUGAGAAAUAUGUCGAAACUUUCUGUGCUAUGAAAAUAAGGUCGCGGUGAUGCGGUGGUGGCUGUAAUGGGCUCCACGCCGGGGCCCCAAAUGGGGCGCGCCGGCGGCCCCGCCGGGCCGGGCUCCCACUCCGGACUGGGGCCCGGCAGGCCGGCGCCCAGGAGGACCCGCGGCGCGUGGAUGCUGUUCCUGCUGCUGCUGUCCAGCGCGCUGCCCGAGUCGUUAGAGCAGGACGAGGACAUCCCCCACAACGAAGUCCGGAACUGGGCGUUGAAGCUGGGCGUCACGUUAUGGGCCUAUGGCAAGGAGACUACGAAGAUGAACGAGAUCCAGCGGAAGUACCGCGAGAAGGAGGUGAAGGUGGCCCGCAAGGACGGGCUCAUGCUGGUGCGUGACAUGACGGUCGAGCUCAAGAACAUGAUGGACGCCAAGAUGCACGCCGUCCUGAGGAUUAUGGAUUCUGCGGAGCAGGCCGCUCUGUCCCACAAGAUGGAGCUGAAGGACGGGUUCGCGACGGUAUGGUCGCCCGACAGUUUCAACAACCAGGGCCGCCGGGACGGCAUGCGGACGUCCCGCCACUUUGACCAUCUGCCCGUCAACACGAACCGCAGCAGCACCAUGCUGGCCCAGGACGUCAGCGAGAGAGAUCCCUCGGUGGCUAACAGCAUGGUCUGGUCCGAGCUGCUUGACGCUCUGUACAUCAACAACUAUGAGACGGACCCCACACUGUCCUGGCAGUACUUCGGCAGCGCCACCGGGUUCUUGCGUCGCUACCCUGCCUCGCGGGUGCCCUGUGGUUCCCUGCAAUGA